CAACCCCAACCCCCGCCACCUUAGAUCUUACUUAUAAUUCGAUUAACUAGAUUUUUCUUUUCUUGAAGAAAAGAUGAUCCAAUUAUCUAAAACAAACACGUCCCUAUACAUAGAAUCCGAAUUAAUUCCAAUUUCAAGUCCGUUUUGAGCCAAGGAAAAUAAUCAAUUAUAAGCAUAAUAUACGACACCACAGAGAGAAACUUUCACCUCUACCGCAGGCCCACAAUUUUUAUCCUGCAACCGCCGUGGAUGGGCCAAUCAUCUUCCAGAUCGAGGCCAAGAUCAUCCAAACACGCCGUGAUCUCGCCGUUGCCAUCAGAUUCCGCUGAACCAGUUGGCAUCAUGUCCGAUACGGACGACGUCAUCAGUGGGAGUGACUACACGUCGAACCUGCCGGACGAAUGCCUGGCCUGCAUUUUCCAGUUGUUAUCGUCCGGCGACCGGAAGUGUUCUUCCAUUGUGUGCCGCCGGUGGCUGAGAAUCGAGGGCCAGAGUCGACACCGCUUAUCGUUGAAUGCUAAGUCUGAGCUUACAUCCGUUAUCCCCAAAUUGUUCUCGCGCUUCGAUUCGGUCACUAAGCUUGCGCUGAAGUGCGAUCGUAGAUCUGUUAGCAUAGGAGAUGAUGCGUUGAUUCUGAUUUCUAUGAAGUGUAGGAAUCUCACCAGGCUGAAGCUCCGUGCCUGUCGCGCCAUAACUGAUGAUGGAAUGGCUGCUUUUGCCCGAAACUGUAAUAGUUUGCGGAAAUUCUCAUGUGGAUUUUGCAGUUUUGGGGCCAAAGGCAUGAAUGCCUUGCUCGAUAAUUGCGAAUUUCUUGAAGAAUUAUCGGUGAAGCGAUUGUCUGGUGUCACUGAUGGUGUUGGAGCAGAGCCAAUCGGACCGGGAAAAGCUGCUGGAGCUCUGAAAGUUAUUUGUUUGAAAGAUCUUCACAAUGGUCAGUGUUUCGGGCCUUUGAUUAUUGGGUCCAAUAAUUUGAGGAGUUUGAAGUUGUUCAGAUGUUCCGCUGAUUGGGACAGUUUAUUGGUAGUGAUAGCAUAUCGGGUUACUGGGCUCGUGGAGCUUCAUCUGGAGAAGCUUCAGGUGAGUGAUCUCGGGCUCUCAGUCAUUUCAAAUUGUGUGAAUCUUGAAAUAUUGCAUUUAGUGAAAAUCCCUGAGUGUACUAAUGCUGGACUUAUGGCUGUUGCGGAAAAUUGCAAGCUGAUUAGGAAGCUGCAUAUUGAUGGAUGGAAAACAAAUAGAAUAAGUGAUGAUGGGUUAAUAGCUGUUGCAACUCAUUGCCCUAAUUUGCAAGAGUUGGUUCUAAUUGGUGUGAAUCCCACAAGGUUGAGUUUAGAGAAGUUGGCAACGCAUUGUCAAAAUUUGGAAAGAUUAGCAUUGUGCGGGAGCGACACUGUUGGGGAUGCAGAGAUAUCGUGCAUAGCUGCAAAAUGUAUUGCACUGAAGAAGUUGUGCAUAAAAAGUUGUCCAGUGUCGGACCAUGGCAUGGAAGCAUUGGCUGGUGGGUGCCCCAAUUUGGUGAAAGUGAAGUUCAAGAAGUGUAAGGGGGUGACAUCUGAGGGAGCCGAUUGGUUGAGGGCAAGUAGAGGUUCUCUUGCUGUGAAUUUGGAUGCCAUGGCGCCAGAAAUACAGGAUGGGAGUGCUAGGGAGCUAGAAGCUAGUGAUAUUGGAAUUCCACAAACAGACGACCAAACUAGGGGCAUUAAUAGCUGGAGGCCAAUGUCUUUUAAGGUGAGGUUAGGGCUUUUAAAGGGGAGGGGCUUAGUUGCUUCCACAUUGAGGCGGUGGUCUAGCUUUGGUGGCAGUUCUCGGAAUAAUUUGGAAAGAAGUUGAGCAGGAUUUGUGGUGGGCAACUCCCAUUCCUUGUCCGUUCACAGUAUUCUGCAUUGUAGUUCGAUAUAUUUAUUUCUGUUUGCUGUUGAAUGUCAUUCAGUAAUCUCCAUUGUUGAGAAUAGUCAGUGAUUUCCCGUGUGCUUGUGAGUCUGAUUUGUAUGAUGGGAUGCCUCUUGACAUGAUAGUUGGGGUCUCUAACCUUGCUUCCUUAGUUUAAACAGGAAGGAGGAAAUGCCUAAUAAUCUCUUUAUACCAAGACCUUUUCGUUGUCCUCAACUGACUAACAUGUGUUAAAGCAUCCAGUUAGUUACCAGCCAUAUUCAUGUCCUUAGUCAAGUUGCGAAAAAUGAUGCCUUGAACAUAUGAAAUUGUUGGAUGUCAAA